GUCAGAGUCAGAGCGAACACUCGGGACAACAGCAAAGACAGACAGGUGUAUACCGACAAGAGGCUUCCAGAGACUUAGAGACUUCAAAACUUUGACCUUUUCUUGUCAAAGUGUUCAACCGCACAGGUCUGCAUCAGCGGAGACUUACCCAUUUAAAAACUUCCACACCUGGGACAGUUACUAGACGACUUCCCCGACAAGACGAACAAAAGCGACAGGGUCGACCAACGGAAUACUACAGUUACCAUGGCAUCAGCAUCAUCAUCGUGUCAUCCUUGCUCUCAGCAUCAGCACCAUCUGUCUCGAGUGAUGGUGGUGGCGUUGGGCAUCCUCUGCGUGAUGUCGGGGCAGCUGGCUACGGCGAAGGCGGAAACCUUCCCAAAAAACAUGGCCGACAGACUGACCAGCCUCAAAACUUACCUGAAACACGAUGCCAUGCCGUCGUUACAGGGGAGGAUGUUUCUCACUGAGAAAGCUGAUGCACAGGAGUCGGGAGAUAAGAUCCUGGCAGGUGAAUCACUGAAGUUCCUCAGCAAAAUCCUGUCAGCCAUGCAGAGCAAGAUACAGAACCAGACGACCAACAGCCGAGAGGACAAGAAGGCCAGCGAGGACCUGCAAUACCUGAAAAGCAAAAUUGAUGAGCUGAGGAGAGAAUACUUCAACAAAGACCACCAGAAAAUGCUCGACAACCUCAAGAAGCUGCAGCAAACUGAUGUGAAUGACGAGCAGGUGCAGGAGAAAGCCCUCUUCGAGCUGAAGCACGUGUACAACCACGCCUCCCGCUUGGCAGUGGCCGAGAAGACCGGCAAGUCCGAGAAGACCAUGCGCCGCAGACGGCAAAUCAGGCCGCUGAGGAAAGCAAAGCCAUAG